AAAAACACUAAAACAUUCUUAGUACAUAUUUGAAAUAUAGAUUGGAAAUAAAAUCUUUGUUUUGAUGUUUAACGACAUUAUACAAUGACUUAACCAGUUAAAUAAAUAAAAUCCUGCAAUAGAAAAAAAAACAACAUAGAUUUGCGUGUAUUUACUUUCUUUAAUUAUUAGUAGUUAAAGCAUAAUAUUAAUACAGUUUAAACUACCUCUGUUUUGACUAACUCCUAACAACAUAAUUUACAUCAUUCAGGCUUAAAUGAAUGACUGACUGCCUUUUUAGCAAGUUUGGUGUCAAUGUUACGUCCAUACAUUUUUUAAAUGACAGACCAUUAUAUUUACCAUCAUAACAAUUUGAUUACAAAUCCUACAAUCUUGAGAUUUAUUUUUAAGAAAGUACAAUAUAUUACCAACUUGCUGAAUGGAAUAGAUUUGUCUUAAAACCAAUUUGAAAUUUUGGCAUUCAUGUCACACAUUGUGUCCCAACCUGGUGGAGUGACCCAUAUAUUAGUUUAUAAUUUUUUAACAUAUAUAUUAUUUAUUUAACUUUUAUUAUAAUAAAACAAAGUUAUUUAUCUUAAUAAUAAUAGUUUAAAACACAAUAAUAACUAUUAUUAUUAUCAAUUAAAAUUCCCUUAUAUUAAUAUUAAUGAACGAGCCAUCAAAUCAAGCGAUCCCAUACUUCACUUUGAGCGCAAAAACCGCUUUUCUGAUUGGUUGAGCAGGAAACAACAACCGGCCGCGCGCGUCUGUUGAUUUUGGGCGGGAUCGGAAAAAGCCAAGCACACAUUCAUAGUGUGGCUAGCCUAGGCCUAGGCUGAGAGUGGUUCGAGUUUGAUUUUUUUUACAUUUGGGUAUUAUCGAUAAAGAUAUUUAAGGAUGACAGAAUUCAAAUAUGUUCUGCUGGAAUUUUUUGACGAAGAUCCACCAAGUGUAGAUAUAGGAAUGACAGAAUGGAUCGACGAAGAGAUAACUGAAAGUAAUUACGAAACUUGGAUAGGCGAAGAGGUAUUGUGUGCUUGGCACAGUGCUGGUGGUAGCAAAAAACGACCAGAUGUGACUCGAUGUGCCGCAAAAAUCAUUUGUUUUGGAGGUGAUCGUGCUGAACUUGCUAAGAAACGGAAUGUGUAUGUUACUACUGGACAGUUGAACAAUUUCACAACACCAUUAGGAAAGGGAAACAGAAAGAGGAAACCUAAACGAUUUUAUGAUGCGCUUGCAAGCGAUGAUGAUGAUGACUCUAACGACAUUGAGGCAAGCAAGGUUUUAAUAGUGACAAAAAAGAAAUUUUGGACUGAAGUGUUCUCCCAAUUGAAAAAUUAAUACCGGGAAGGGUGUCUUUGCAACAAAAGAGUUUUUUCCUGGAGAUUUCCUCCUCGAAUAUGCCGGAGAGCUUAUUUCUGCUGAAGAAGGUGAAAACAGAGAGGAGACAUUACCAAGCGUAUUUAGA